AUGAAAGAAUAUCGUUUACUUGAACAUUUCUAUCUUCCUGUCUUUCUUUCUUUUUUUUUCUGUUCUUGUCUUUUCAUUUGUUCUUUUCUUUUUUUCUUCCUUUUUUCUUUCUUACUUUCUUUUCUGUUUUUUCUUCUUUUCUUUUUAUCCUCUUUGGUCGCCUUUAUUUCAUUCAUUAUUUUAAAUUCUAUUUUCUUUCUUUUUUUUGUUUUGCUUUUUCUCUUUUCUCCCUUUAAUUGCUGCCAUUUUCUUUCUUUCUUUCUUUCUUUCUUCUGUCCCGAAUUUUCUAUGUCCACUCCUCUUCACAAAGAUCUUCUUCCCCUUUAUUCUCUCACUCGCCACCCUCCUUCUAAUACUUUUUCGCCUCAACGCUAUUUGCAUCCCAAGAGUCUUUUGUACCUUCUUCUUCUUCUUCUUCUUCUUCUUCUUCUUUUCAUCAUCAUCAUCAUCAUCAUCAUCAUCAUCAUCAUCAUUUUUCAAAUUUUCUUUCUUUCACUUUUCUCUUUCCAAUGCUAUGCUUUUUCUCUCUUUCUCCUUUUUCCAUCAUUUAUUUCAUUUUUACACCAUUCGUUUAUCUUUAAAAAUAUUAAUUUCUGUUACCCUCUCCACCACUCAUUGUUUCCUUCCUUCCUUUCUUCCUUUCACUCAUCUCCCCUUCUCUAUAACACUCUCUUCUCUCUACUUUUCUUCUUUCCUUUCUCCCCAACUUCUUUCUCAAUUGGACGCCAUUAA